AUGGAUGCGUUCGUCGAGAGAAUCAGCAGUAGCGAAUCUCUGUUGGAAAAUAGCAUCCGGCUCCGGGACAGAUCUCGGAAUGAGCCGGCUGUCGACUUCGCCAGCGUGCGCCGGCUUAGUGCGCUGUGUCAUGGACUCAGAGACAAGCCAUAUGGACCUGAGCUUGACUGCGUUGCGGUGGCCCUCGCCAACGUUCUGCUGAAAACGCCCAGCUUCAGGGCUCAAGUGCUGGUCGAGACGCCCGACAUCUUGCGAGACGUCCAGCAUCGCCUCUUCUAUGACUCUCGGCAGCCGGGCUUCGCCCUCAGCCAUGAAAUCCCGCUGUGGAGAGUCCUCUUUCUAUUGGCACACUGCCAACCACCAAUACAGAUCACUAGCGCUGGCGAUAUCGACCUUUUCGACCCGCAGCUCGCUCCAACAAAGUUUCAGAGCCUGGUCGCGCUUCUCGCUGCUAGUGGAUCGGCGCCAGAUCCGGCUCUCGAAGUGGUGCUGGAAGAGCUGGGCAAAUACUGGUACGCGGUAAGCUAUCAUUACGGGUCUCAAGCGCACAAUUUUGAUGAGGUAUUUUGGGAUUCGCUUCAACAACUCAACGUAACGCUUCGGAAUAGAUCACACCAGCUUCUGGAGAGCUACUCUGGCACCUUACUACAAUUUUGUUCCAUUUUACUGCUGCUACCGGAAAACAAGCUUACGGCCACCUUCGACAUGGUUCUUAACUUGAUGCUGGUUCUCAAGCAAAGUGUAACGCAGUGGUUACGAAAGGUUUCUCAGGAGCUAUACAGCUCGUUGACCGACUACAAGAUUCCACAAAUCCUGCACGUAAUGCAUAUGUUCGUGCUGAAAUCGCCCACCAAAGUGCGAGAACAGAUCGCACCAUGCCUCAGGAGUCUUCCGGGUGCCGAAGUGGAUUUGAAGUGCUAUUUAUUGGAACUCCACAACUCUUCCAUAUCAUGCUCGGACACACGCGAUGCCAUCAAUGCUAUUCUGCAAGAGGUUAACCUUCAUAUCCAAACCCCAACAUCGGAGUAUCCGCAAGACAUUACAAAGAUCCCGCGGUCACAACCAUUAAUUAAUUCGAACAAUUCUACAGAGACUUUUGUCGAUUGCGAGGGCGUAUCUAGCAAGGUAUGCGCGCAUGCGAAUGAUUCGUCUACUUCCAUCACUACCGCGUGCCAUAGCAAGAGCUCGGCAAAUAUGGAUGACUCUUGGACCGAGGAAGAGCAGCAUAUCGAGGCGGAGCGUAUCAUGGCCGCGAUCAGAAGGCUGGACCAGCUGGGUAUCAUCAAGGCCACGCUACCGAGCGUCUGA